UCACGUCCACAAAACAUUUUAAAUAUACCAGAAAAUGUUAUUAAUCGCUCUAAUUUAAAGAUUCCCGUGAUGACAAUUGAUGAGUUAAAUGCUCUUGAAGCAAAUUCUGAGCAAAGACGAGUCUUAGCACACACUUUACGCAGAAAUUGUAAGUCUUUUGAUGCUAAACGCACGACCUAUCAGAUCAUGAAAACAGUUUUGGACAACCGUGUUGCAGAAAUGAUAAACAUGGAAGGUAGAAGAGGAGAAAAACUGGCUUUUGGUCGCUUAGAGCUGUGCACACUUAUUACAGAUUGCGUAAAAGAUCUAUUCCCAAAUGAGCAGAUGAUUGUAUUUAAAAGUCAUAUUUCAGACUGGUUGAAGCAAGCUCCAAAAAGGAAAUAGAAAAAAAUAUUCAUUAAUAUUCAUAGUUGUUUUAUUUAAAUUUUUUUUUUAUU